GCAACAUAUUGGACAGCAUGUUGCUAAAAACAUCCAYUAAAGAGGCAGUGGAGAGUGGGAACAAGACUUCUGGCAGUGCAGCUCCUGCUUCAUCUUCCCAAAGAUUCCUGUGGUGUUACUGUGAUCACCACUGCCCAGAAGACUCGACCAAUAACUCAUGCAGGACGGAUGGGUACUGUUUUACCAUGGUGGAGGAGGAAGGUGGGGUACUGGUCAAGACUGCAGGUUGCUUGGGGCAAGCUGGAUCAGAGUUUCAGUGUAGGGACACAGGAAACACCUAUAAGAGGAGAUUGUUGGAGUGCUGUGCAGAUGAAGACUACUGUAACAAAAACCUGCAUCCCACACUGCCACCGCUCCAACCACCUCUUUACGCUGAUGGGAAGAUCCACCACAUGGCAUUGUUGAUUUCAGUCACUAUCUGCAUUCUUAUUUUGGUUGUCAUCAUAGUGUUUUACUACUUCAGGUACAAGAGACAAGAAUCUCGUCCUCGGUACAGCAUUGGUCUGGAACAAGAUGAGACUUACAUUCCACCAGGGGAAUCCCUGAAGGAUUUGAUUGAACAAUCUCAAAGUUCAGGCUCAGGCUCAGGUCUCCCCCUGUUGGUCCAAAGAACGAUUGCCAAGCAGAUUCAUAUGGUGAAGCAGAUCGGCAAGGGGAGGUACGGCGAUGUCUGGAUGGGCAAGUGGAGGGGAGAAAAGGUGGCCGUUAAAGUCUUCUUCACCACGGAGGAAGCCAGUUGGUUCAGAGAGACUGAAAUUUACCAGACUGUCUUAAUGAGACAUGAGAACAUACUUGGUUUUAUAGCUGCAGAUAUCAAAGGAACUGGCUCUUGGACCCAGCUUUACUUGAUCACUGACUACCAUGAAAAUGGAUCUUUGUAUGACUACCUCAAAUCAACCACUCUGGACAAUAAAGCAAUGUUGCGCCUUGCCUACUCCUCUGUGUCCGGACUCUGUCACCUCCACACCGAGAUCUUUGGCACCCAGGGAAAGCCUGCUAUUGCUCACAGGGACCUCAAGAGUAAGAACAUACUGGUGAAAAGAAAUGGGACUUGCUGUAUCGCUGAUCUUGGACUGGCGGUCAAGUUUAUCAGUGACACAAAUGAAGUAGACAUCCCUCCUAACACUCGAGUUGGCACGAAGCGCUACAUGCCUCCUGAGGUUCUGGACGAGACUUUGAACAGAACUCAUUUUCAGUCAUUUAUCAUGGCUGACAUGUACAGCUUUGGGCUCAUCCUCUGGGAGAUUGCACGGCGCUGUGUCUCGGGAGGAAUCCUGGAAGAGUAUCAGUUACCAUAUCAGGAAUCAGUUCCUACAGACCCGUCUUAUGAAGACAUGAGAGAGGUGGUCUGCAUCAAGAGACUACGACCAUCUUUUCCUAACCGAUGGACCAGCGAUGAGUGUUUGAGACAGAUGGGGAAGCUGAUAACAGAAUGCUGGGCUCACAACCCGGCCUGCCGCCUCACAGCUCUGCGGGUCAAAAAGACGCUUGCCAAAAUGUCAGAAUCACAGGAUAUCAAGCUGUGACGUGCCAACACCAGCUGUGCAACGAAAGAACAAUAAUGAUCACACUGGCUCCAACCCAGGCCAUGCACACCUUUCCUUUUUUGGGAGGAAAAACCAGGAGAAACAUCUUGGGGGCAACAUAUGAUCAUAAACUCUGAAUCCAAAUGCCAGGAACUCUGCAACCCAAGUCUUGAUGAAAACAGUCAUCUGUGUGUCAAGCUUUUGGCCCAUCAAAGAUAUCAGACAUGGUUUUAGAUCAAUUUGAGUGGCUAACACCAUACAAAGGUCCCUGUGCACAUGCUCCAAAGGUCUUUGAGGAAGACCCCUGGGUUGAACUUGACACUAUAGCUGCAGAGAUACUCAGUCUACUGACCAGGAAGUAGAAUACUGUGUCUGUGCUUUCUGUGAAAGCUUCUCUACCUGUAGAUGAAGGUCCGACUGACAAAACUGAAGGGAUCGGGUUCAACGCAACCUGAAGCAAAACAUCUCCUUUCAUUCAUCGUCCCACUACUGGCUUUAUUAUUAUUAAUAUUAUUAUUAUUGAGAUUAAUAUUAUUGGAUUGAUCACAUUCUUUGUCAUUCUUGACUGGGCUGACGUUAUGUGAGAGAUGUUUUUGACGUUUUACUGUAAAUUUCUGUUUAAGGUGAAAACGUUUGUAGACACUGAAGUUUAAUUUGUUUGUGCGCUGCAGUAGGCUAACUGAAGUAAAACUGCCUUUUUCCAUGUAAAGCUCAAAAUCUUCGAGACUAAUGUGAAAAAAAAAAUAAAGUUUAUAUGCUCCAGUAAUUCUA